AUGAGUGAAAGGCGUUCGAAGCGCUUGAAGGCACAGUCGCGCAUUGUUAACACUGGAGAGGUUAGCGACAAUGACAGUGACCAAUGGUCUGCCAGUGAAGAUCAGCCACGGAAGAAAAUCUCAGCCAACCCCCGAAAGCGCAAGUUGGAUAAUGGCAAGUCUAGCAAAUCCAUGGCCGAAGCUUUCAGGAAGGUACGGGGGAAACGGGGGGCAUUGAAGCACCUUACCGAGGCGCCUCUUGACGUGCUUUUUGAAAUAUUUGGGAAGCUCAACCCCAUCGACCUCUUGUAUCUUGCGAGGACCACCAAAGCCCUACGAAAUAUUUUGAUGAGGACUUCUGCGAGAUUCAUAUGGAAACAGGCCCUUGCCAACAUCAAAGGGCUACCUGACUGCCCCACAGACCUGAACGAGCCUCAAUACACCAACCUCGUUUUUGGGAAGAAUUGUUACUUCUGUCAACGGACCAGCGUCCCAGUGACGACAGUCUGGACUGCUCGAUUAAAAUCCUGCUCUCGGUGUCUCAAUGAACACUUCACAGAGUAUCUGCCAGACUUGUCCAUUCCAAUACAAAUCAUUUAUCUUAUCCCUGACGUGACAAUCACGCGAUCAGCUGGCAGAGGUCGAGUGAGGUCUGUGAGCCUUCGAUAUAGCGCGCUUGGCAAGCUUUGGGAAGAAGAAUAUGGUGCUGAAGAUGUCGUCGGCAAGAAACUAUGGGCUAUAACGAAACGAGCGGAGUAUACUCCUUUGAAUCAGCAUGCCAGGCUUUGUGAAGUGUGGCAGAGUGACCUGGAGCGGGAGCGGGAGCAGGAGGCGGAGAGAGCUCGUACGGAGAGAAAGGAAAUUGCUCUCGAAAAACUCAAGGAGCUAGGUUGGGCUGAAGAGAUACAGAAGAUCUCGAUCGACUAUUAUCUCUCGCGAUCUUUCGAUCAGCAUCUAGCUGUCGCGCAGAACCAAAAAAAGGGUUUAACUGACGAGACCUGGCUAUCUAUCCGACGGCCUAUUAUCAGCUUUUUGGAAGAAACGAAGAGUCAGCGUUUAGAAGCUGAACGAAAGGCUGAACGCAAGAGAAUUGCCUUGGAUAAGCUGAGGGCCAUGGGAUGGGGAGAGGAAAUGGACAAGCUCCGUAGUUAUGAGCUGAGUGAUCGCCUUCGAGUUAUUGAAAACCACGAGGGUGUCCUUACGGAUGAAGUUUGGGACAAUAUCAAGGUACCCAUCGUGGCAUUUUUGGAGUCUGCAAAGGCAUCUCGCCUGGCAAAUGAACGACGGGAAAUGUUGCAACGUCGGCGGUCGAUCGUCACUGACAUUCAUAAAACCUUUUUGUCUUCAAGUCCGGUCAACGCCAUUAUCGCUCCUCUAGAGUAUGUUAUCGAGCACGAAGAAUUCCGAAGAAUAAUACACGACACUCCUAUCAGCGAGUGGCUGACUCCUGCUAGUUUUACGGAUGCGGCCACGAAAUUUCCCCAGAUUUCUCUGCAAUGGGAGAAGGAGAUGCAACAAAACCUCAUAGCUAUGCUAAAUCGGAGCCCAGUUUUUGACAAAGAAAAUCACGAUGAAUCUGAUCUAAAUCUCGCAGCCAGCGUUUUCAGAUGCUCCAGUUGUGGUUGUGGCAUCCUUCAUUAUCCCAGAAUCCUGAUGCAUCGUUGUGGAUUCAAAAAUAUAUCGUUUCGUCCAGAAGCUUCAAAAAUUGCCAUUGAAGUGCUCAAACUAUGUGGAUAUGACCCAAUGACGACGAAAAUUCUGGAUGUGCCCGAAGGUCGCAUCAUCGUUGAAUGCAAAACCUGUUCGUCCAGACACCAAGGGGGGGCAAUGAUGACCUUCUUGGCAGCGAUCAAACAUGGGGUACCUGAGGUACCUAGGUAUUCUUACUAUUCGUCCACUUCGGCCACUGGUAGCAAUUGCACCAAAGGCGGGAAAAUGGAUUUACGACUACCGGAUAAUGAAACUUGCUGUAAGGCACGUGAACGGAUGGCGGAAGAAAAUGCUCGUAGUAGGGCCAAAGAAGAUUACUUUGGUCUUACCUGUGCUCACUGUAAAAACCCUGGGAACUCCGUGUCGCUUGAGGACCAUGUAAAACUCAGGCACAAUAAAACAGAAGUGGUUAGCGAAGAUAUAAUCCCCCUCCUUGAUUUGGAUCACAUCUGGGAUAUAUACUGGUUGUGGCUACCGCCACCACCGUCCUCUUAG